AUGGAGAACUCUUCGGUUAAGGCUCUCCAGGCAUUAGUUAUCCUAGCCCUCGACCUCAUCGGUAGUAGCAAUGGCCCACCCGGAUGGAAUAUCAUGGCUCUCAUCACUCGAUCUGUGGUUCAGCUCGGUCUUGCUGUCGAGUCGAACUCAUUCUCCGUCUCACCUAAUUAUACAUCCAUAUAUACACUCCGCGCAAUGGUGCUCCCUGAGCCCAAAGACUUCAUCGAAGAAGAAUCACGAAGACGGCUGUUCUGGAUGAUUUACCUUCUUGAUCGAUAUGCUACAAUCUCGACAGCUUUCGAGUUUGCACUUGACGACAAGGAAAUCGACCGCACCUUGCCGUGUCGGGACGACCUGUGGAUCAAGAAUCAGAAGGUAGAUACGCGAUGGUUUCGCCCUGAAGAUCGACCAGACGGCGGUACGCCACCGGAAUACGAGAUGAAUAAGCCUGAAAACCUAGGUGCUUUCUCCUAUUAUAUCGAGAUCUUGGGCAUUUUUUCCAAAAUCCACAAGUUUUUGAAGCUGCCCGUCGACAUUAGUGCCUUAUCCGAUGUCGAGCAGUGGCAAUUACGCUACAAAGAGCUUGAUAAUAUGCUGACGAGCUGGAAGUUCGGCCUGCCCGGUGAAUAUGGCAAUAUGGCAAAGCUAUUCCAGCCGGGCUCGGCCAAAACACUGAACUGCGGGUGGGUGAUGUUGCAUGCGACCUACCACACCGCUGUCAUCCGGCUUCACUCGUCCGCCGCAUACCCCACAACCCGCUCACCUAUCUUCACCCCAUCAUACUCUGCCAGUCAGCGUUGUCAUGGAGCUGUCGAGAAUAUCGCCGCGCUUGGCGAGUUCGUUCUUGCCAACGGUCUCCUUCCCAAACUGGGGCCACCGUUUGCCUUCACUCUCUGGGUCGCUGCGCGUUUGCUUCUUGUACAUGGCAGCACUGUGGAGCACAAACUCUCGCCACAAAUUGCUUUCUUUGUCGAUAGCCUACGUGAGAUGGGCCGGUUUUGGCCGGUUGCACAGCGCUAUUGCAGUCUCCUCGAGCGUGUAUUAGACGAGCAUAAGGACAGCGAAAGGCAGGGUGACGGCGUAACUCCGAGCAGUGUCAAGAUCUUGGCCGACAUGCGACGAACAGCAUUUGAUCUUGACUUCUUGAUCAGUCACCAGCCUCGUCAUCUUGGCGGCGGAGCAGAUAGUAGAAUGGGCAAUGGUGGAUUCAGCAGAUUUCCAAGUGUAACUCCCGCCAGGACACCGCAACCGAAUGAUCUAGAAUAUCUCGAUGUGUUCGACUUCUUUAACGUGCCUAGGUUGCCAUUUGCCGCGCCUACAGACGUAGGACCUGGUAUGAAUGGUACGAAUGGGAACCCUGGCGGCGAGAUGGUCACCGAUGGGCCUAAUCCAAAUGGCAACGGCAACACGAAUGGCACUUUGCAAGGAGCAAAUGAGUUCAACAUUACGGAUUUCAUGGUUGAUGCCAACCGCGAUUGGUUAUUUAAGCAAGAAGGGGGCAAGUUCUUGUCAGGAUAA